ACUCUCAAAAAGUAGAUAAACUUGAUAAACUUUCUUUACCUAAAAACAUAACCCAACUACAAGCAUUUCUAGAACUAGCAUCCUAUUAUAGAAGAUUUAUCAAAGAAUUUUCUAAAAAGGCUAGACCUUUAUUAAAAUUAUUGAAAAAGGAUAAAGACUUUAAAUGGGG